AAGACAAUGGUAAUUCGACAAUUCAUCAAGUCUCAAAUCUAAAUAAGUAAACAUGAAGAGUGAAGGUCGUCAUCAAGGCGUCGUAAGGACAGGAAUGAUUCAUCCGCGGGGCUUUAAUCCUCGACACACCAACCGACUCGAUUCACCACCAGUUUUUGGAGAUUUUACCAAAAUGCAACCAAAGACUACCAACCAUUCAAAUAUCAUCGGAGAAAGUGAGCGGUCCAAGUACAGUAAUUGUCAUGUGUCGCCGGCUAUCAAGUCGGGCCAUAAAUCUAAGGGUCGCCGUAAGCUACAACCGACAAGUUGGUGGAGUGAGGAUAAGCUAGACCGGCUCAUCGGGUCGGAUUCAUCCUCUGCUAAGGAUAUUUUGGAUAUGUUAUGUAGUGAAGAUCAUGAUGAGUAUUAAUAAUUAUCAUGAUGAUUAACCAUCUCGUUUAAGAUGUAUGAAGAUUAUUGUUUUUUAUUUUAUAUAUGUUUGAACUUUCAUAGAAAUGAUAAUAAUUAUGGGAAGAAAUGUAAUUAUACUUUUGUGUCAAAAGCA